AUGAAAGCGUUAGAAAGCAUACAAGCAGAUCGACGGAAACAGCAACACUCGAAUCACCCCUCGCACUCUUCUCGCGACGCGAACAAAGUUUUCGUCAACAACAAAACGGGAUUGAAGCAAUCUUUGGAAGAUUUUCAGUGGACGAAUAAAGCGAAUUGGUUCGACCAUCUCGUCGUCGUUGGAGAGAACAGAGAGGAAAAGUUAGAAACGGUGGAUGAUGAUCUCACUCGAGAGACGUUCUUUUACGAACGGGCGUUGGAGUCGGCGAACCAGGCGGUGAAGAAGUUGAAGAAACUCGGAGUUCCAGUGAAGAGACCGCACGAUUAUUACGCGGAGAUGGUGAAAUCGGACGAACACAUGAAGAAAGUCCGCUCGGAGUUGAUGUAUGAGCAGCAACAGUUAGAAAUUAGAGACGAGAGACGAAAGACGAGAGAGGCAAAGAGAUACGGCAAGCAAGUCCAAGCCGAAAAAGUGAAGCAACGAACGCUGGCGAAGAAGGAAGCUAUUAAAGACUUAGAUAAAUGGAGGUCGCAGAGGAAGAAGUCUGGGUUCGCAGACGACGGGAAGGCGCCGUUUGAAGGUGCCGGCGGAGAUGUGAAGAGAAAAAGAGAAACCCGAGACUCUAAGUUUGGUUUUGGCGGCAAAAAGAGGGUGCGUCGUUUUAUUUUGUGUUGUUCUUUCAAAGAAUUCGUCUCGUUUCUUCCAUUUCGUUUAGGCGGAUAUAGGGGGUGCUGCCCGCAUCCCCUGCAUCAAUGCGACUGGGGCAUCGAAAACUUCCACGGUGUAUAUCCCUGCUCAAACGCCUUACAUAGACCGGCGGUUGUAGGCGUCAGCAAUUUAUUUUGUUUUCGCCUCCCUAACCGGGGUGAGCAUAUUCCAUUGCCUAGGCAAAGCGGCGUCGCUGCAGUUAUGUCACGGGACAGACCAUGCUAUCUAUAUUCUUCUUCUCUUUCUCUUUCUUUCUCGUUUACUUGUUUAGUCCUUCGUCAUCCAUGA